AUGCAUGGAGAGGGCACCAAACUCAGUGAGAAACCUAUUAGGACUUCUUUGAAGGAGGUUCCAGACCACAAGUUCCUGUUUCCAGAAUUUGAAAUUGUAACAGAAACAGAAGAUGAGAAUUUGCCUGAGGUUGUGGAAAUGGAGGAUUAUUCUGAAGUUAUAGGAAGCCUGGAGGGAAUACCUGAGGAAGAACUAGAUUCCAUGGCAAAGCACGAAUCCAAGGAAGAUCACAUAUUCCAAAAGUUUAAAUCCCAAAUAGCCCUUGAACCAGAGCAGAUUCUCAGGUAUGGAAGAGGUAUUAAACCCAUCUGGAUUUCUGGUGAAAACAUUCCUGAAGAAAAAGAUAUUCCAGAUUGCCCGUGUGGUGCCAAGAGAAUAUUUGAAUUCCAGGUCAUGCCUCAGCUGCUGAACCAUCUGAAGGCGGACAGACUGGGCCGAAGCAUAGACUGGGGCGUCCUGGCUGUCUUCACCUAUGCCGAGAGCUGUAGCCUGGGUGUUGGCUACACAGAAGAAUUUGUGUGGAAGCAGGACGUGAUAGACAUACCUUAAAAGGUUAAAUUCUUAGAAAUAAAUGUUUCUUAUGCCUCAGUA